AUGCAGCACUUGAGAACGAAAGCUCUCGACAAGACAAAAUUUGAACAGAAGGAAACCAAGAAGCCAGAAUUAGGAGAAAAGAAGAAGAUGAGUGGAAACAAAAAUGCAAAACAGUCAAAGGAGAGCAAGUCUUUGCCCGAAGGGUUGAAUAAGUCAUGGUCAAUCCAAGCAGAUCAAUCGCGGGGCGAAAGAGAGAGACAGAAGGAUGAAUCAAGAAGUAUAGAAUCAGAAAAUUUUCAAGAUUACACAUGGCAUCUCUGCAAUGUCACAGCAGGUGCUGAUUAUAUACCUUGUUUAGAUAAUGAAAAGGCUUUGAAGCAGUUGCGCAGUACUAAACACUGUGAACACAAAGAAAGACAUUGCCCAGAGGAUGCACCUUCUUGCUUGGUGCCUCUUCCAAAAGGUUACAAGACACCCAUUGAAUGGCCUAGUAGCAGAGACAAGCGGAUAUGGUGUUACAACGUGCCGCACACUGCUGAGGUGAAGGGGCAAGAGAACUGGGUGAAGGCGACAGGCGAGUUUUUGACAUUCCCUGGAGGUGACACUCAAUUCAUUCUUGGCGCUCUCCACUACAUUGAUUUUAUUCAAGAGGCUGAAGCUAGUAUUGCAUGGGGCAAGCGCACUCGUGGUUUUGGCGGUUAUUUAUUUGAGAGAGAUGCUCUUACAAUGUCUUUUGGGCCAAAAGAUGAACACAUAGCCCUAGUGCAAUUUGCUAUUGAGAGAGGAAUACCUGCCAUUUCCUCGGUAAUGGGUUCUCAAAGGCUGCCAUUCCCCAGCAUGGUCUUUGAUCUUGUGCACUGUGCACGUUGUAGAGUGCCGUUGCAUGCAGAUGGUUCUCAACAACACUGUUGAUUUAUUUAAAACUGAUAUUUCCGCUUUGAUUAUUUACAAUUACUAACCAGUAAGGGCUUGUUGCUUUUAGAAUUGAACCGUGUUCUAAGACCCCGGGGAUAUUUUGUCUGGUCUGCUACUCCAGUGUACCAAAAGCUCCAAGAUGUCCAGAUAUGGAAUGGAGCUCGUGACUAUCAGCAAGGAUCAACUUAACAGCAUAAGUGCAGCCAUUUACCGCAAACCCACUUCCAAUGAAUGCGACAAGCAAAGGCAGCAUAACAUUCCUCCAAUGUGCAACGAUAAUGAAGAUCCAAAUGCAUCUUGGUAUGUACCUUUGCAGGGAUGCUUGCACAAGGCGCCGGUUAACAAGGAUGAAAGAGGGGCCAGAUGGCCUGAGGCUUGACCUAGUCGGCUGCGCAAAGUCCCUCACUGGUUAAACGACUUGCAAAUGGGAAUCUAUGGGAAAUCAGCUUCUCAAGAUUUUGUGGCAGGUACUGAACGUUGGAAAAAUGUCGUAGACUAGUUGAGCAACAUCCGCGUUACUUGGUCUAAUGUGAGGAAUAUCAUGGACGUGCGAGCUGUCUAUGGAGGCAGCAUUGAGAGAACAUCCGGUUUGGGUGUUGAAUGUGGUGAGCAUAGAUUCUCCGGACACACUUCUUAUAAUCCAUGAACGUGGUCCUUUUUGGGAUAUGCCAUGAUUGGUGUGAAUCUUUUAGCACCUAUCCACGAACUUAUGAUCUCCUCCAUGCAGAUAGCCUUUUCUCAAACUUGAAGAACAGAUGCAGCCUUGUUCCUGUAAUGGCAGAGGUUGAUAGAAUAGCAAGACCAGGAGCUAAAUUGAUCAUCCGUGAUGACUCUGACGCACUCGAGGAAGUGGAAAGCUAAUUGAGAUCUCUACAUUGAGAAAUAACCUCCUCCAAAAGCCAAGAGGCUUUGCUCUGCGCCAAGAAAGGCGUGGAGCGGCCGAACUCUGUAAAGGCAUGAUAUGAAGCAUACUUGCACCAUUCAAUUUAUAAUUUGCAUUCAAAAAAGAUAUACUUGCAGUUUAUAUAUAGUGCAUCCACAUGUUGUGGUUAUUUUAAGCAGAGUUGGAAGAU